CUCCUAAGCAAAAUUCUUGUGCUAGCUGAGUACUAUUAUUGAUGUAGUCAUGACUUCCGAUCUACGUAAAAGCACAGCUGCAGGAAAAAGCCAUUAUCCGGCUUAUGAUCAUGGUCAGGAUCUGUGUAUCUGUUGGAGCACCUGUACCAAUCAGUCUUGUAGGAGUGGAAGUAAAUCUUCCUGAUAUUACUAGUGAAUGGGGUAGAAAUGAUGCUCUGAGUUCUACAGCUGAUAUGCAAUUCCAACUGCAUCCUAAUAACAGUCACAUGCAGCCUAGCAGCUUAGUCAUGGUUGGUCAUUCUUGCGUACUAAUCUAAUGUUGUUUAUGGGUUUCAAUUCAGCCUCACGUAGUUUCCACUCAAAGAUUUAAAAUAAAAUUUGGCUCAUUUUCAUUCACCAAAAAGAAAAUAAAAUUGGACCAUUUUC